AUUUUUGUUUCGUUUUUGAGUGUCGGGCUCUUGGAAACCAACCGGUACAAACGGCGGAGGCUUUGCAAGUGAUAUGUCAAUCCUGCGCUAAGAAGAUCAAGCUACUUCUUAGCUAAUCAAGCGUUAUCUAUUGGAUUACAUCACGGUGUUAUGGUCAUUCGAGUUCUUCAUUUGCUUGCGGGUGUCCGAAUAAUGCUACCUGUCGAUCGUCGCUAGAUUUUUUUUUUUUUCCUUUUUUGGCUUCUUGAAGUGUGAUAUUACUGUCGCCUAUAAAUGACAUAUCGUUCAAGUAUUCUGUGCAGCCAAGCUUAGGUGCUGGGAUUGUCCCAUCACUCGCGCAGAUACUGAGCCUGCUAUUUCAAUUUCUAUUUGCAGUGCGUAUUAUGUCCGCCGACGCCGAGAAUAUACGCGUCGUGGUCCGAUGCCGCCCUCUCAGUGAGAAGGAGCAGGCUGCAGGCUGUCAUGACAUUGUGGCGGUUGACACUGUUCAGGGGACAGUCUUGGUUACCAACCCAAAUGGGGCACACGGAGAUGUACCCCCUAAAAUGUUCACCUUUGACACCGUGUUUGACGUGAAUUCCAAGCAAGUUGAGGUAUACAACCAGGCAGCCAGACCGAUCGUCGAAAACGUGCUCGAAGGAUAUAAUGGCACGAUUUUUGCUUACGGCCAGACGGGUACAGGAAAGACGUUCACCAUGGUGGGAGACCGCUCAGUGCCAGAGUUAAAAGGGAUCAUUCCAAACUCAUUUGCACAUAUCUUUGGACACAUUGCUAAAGCCGAGGGUGACAAGAAGUUCCUAGUGAGGGCAUCAUACCUUGAGAUUUACAAUGAAGAGGCCAGAGAUCUUCUAGCAAAGGACCAAAAUGCAAGACUUGAAGUUAAGGAAAGGCCGGACAUUGGUGUAUAUGUCAAAGGACUUUCAAGUUGUGUCGUCAAAACAGCAGAUGAACUGGAUCGAAUCAUGACACUUGGAAACAAAAAUAGGGCUGUGGGCGCAACCAACAUGAAUGCGCACAGUUCUCGUUCUCAUGCCAUGUUCACAAUCACGGUGGAGUGCAGUGAGUGCGGUCUCGAUGGUAGGCAGCAUGUCCGUGUUGGCAAGCUUCACCUUGUCGACCUGGCAGGUUCUGAGCGUCAGAGCAAAACGGGCUCUUCAGGUCAGAGGCUACGAGAGGCAUCGAAAAUCAACUUGUCGCUGUCAACCCUCGGCAAUGUUAUCUCUGCUCUGGUUGAUGGCAAAAGCACGCACGUGCCUUAUCGGAAUUCGAAACUAACCCGCCUGUUGCAAGAUUCACUUGGUGGGAAUUCCAAGACCUUGAUGUGCACCAAUAUUGGCCCUGCCGACUAUAACUAUGAUGAAACAAUUAGUGCUCUUCGUUAUGCCAACCGAGCCAAGAACAUAAAGAACAAGGCCCGUAUCAAUGAAGAUCCAAAGGAUGCCCUGCUUCGUCAGUUUCAAAAGGAAAUUGAAGACCUCAGAAAACAGCUGCAGGAAGGGGCUGAUGAUUCAACACCGGAGGAUGACAGUAGUGAAGAAGCUAGCUGUGGUGAUGACAACACUGAUAAAAAGGACAAGCGGAAACGAAAAAAAGCCAUUUCCGAGGAGAAGAUGCGUGAGAUACAAGCGCAGAUUUUAGCGGACCGAAAGACCUUAUCAGAAAAAAAAGACAUGGCCCAGGAAGAGCGUGACCGUCUCGCUAGUGAGCUUGAGAUGAGAGAACAACAGCUGAAUGCAGCAAGAGAAGAGCAGGAAGGCUUGAUGCAAAAGCUUCAUGCGCUCGAAAAGAAGAUCAUCGUCGGAGGUGAGAACCUCCUCCAAAAGGCUGAAGAACAGGAGCGACUCUUGGAAGAGAGUGCACGAGAGCUUGAAGACAGGAAGCGAAAAGAAGCUGCUCUCAGAGAAGCCCUCGAGCAAAAGGAGGCUGAGCGGCUGGAUAUGGAGGAGCGAUACUCCACUCUGCAAGAGGAGGCGGCGGGCAAGACACGUAAGCUGAAGAAGGUCUGGGCUAUGCUGAUGAGCGCAAAGGCAGAGAUGGCCGACCUGCGUCAGGAGCACCAGCGUGAGGCCGAGGGGCUGCUCGAGAAUGUGCGCCAGCUCAGCCGGGAACUGCGGCUCAACAUGCUCCUCAUAGAUGCCUUCAUACCGCCAGAGUACCAGGAGCUUCUAGAGAGGUGUGUCCAGUGGAAUGAAGACACCGGAGAGUGGCAGCUGAAGUGCAUUGCCUACACAGGAAACAACAUGUGCAAACAGAGUUCUCCUGAUGUUGGCAAUCUUCAUGAGAAAUCUGAUCUGGAUAUCUCUCAUGUGUACUUGAGCUACUCUCCGGAUGGGCUGCAGAUGCCUGGCCGGCACCGAUCAGGAAGAAAGUCGGCUCGUCCAAAAACCUCUCGUCCAAAGUCUUCUCGCAGGGAUCACUGUGGAGUUGCCUCGGGAAGCCUGUCCCAAACUUAGUUUUAAUGGCCACAUCGUUUCAUGUUCAUGCCCGUCUCAUGCUCAGGCAAGCGCUGCAUCACAUUGUGCUUACUGAGUUGCUUACUUUGUGCUCAUUGAAUAUCUGGUGGCUAUUCCACCAGUUGCCAUGCAAGUGAAAAAAUCUUCGUGCUUUACUAGAUCUUAUAACUUGAGGCUGUAGUGCAACAGAGAACAACACAGAAAGAAAGAAAGAAAGAAAGGGCGCUGCCUGUCCUUACCUUGCUUGUGUAUGUUAUAACACUUUAUCAUUUUAGCUUAACUGAUAACCAAGCCUAAUGUUAGGCGUGAAUGGGGACUAUAGCCAAAUGUAUACCUGUUGUGUACUCCUUGUGGAACACCAGAGGUAUAGAAAGGGACAUCAGUACUGGCGCCUACAUCUCUUGACACUCUUAAACCAUGUGAGUUAGAAAUGUUCUUGUGUUGCACAAUUCAUGUGCAAGUGCAUGUUAAAGAGCCACAGGUGGUCAGAAUUAAUCCAGAGCCCUUUAGUACGGUGCCCCUCAUGGCCGUUUUAUGUAUCUUUAGACGUUAAGCCCCCACAAUUUGCUUUUAUUUCAAUGCAGCACCUUUGCACCAGCAACUAACUUAGUCGAACACAGUGUCCUGGCAGUGGCAGCCGUAUUUCGCUGGGGGUAGAAUGCAAAAAUGCCCAUGUCCCGUGCAUUGGAGGCACAUUAAGGAUCCCCUGGUGGUCAGAAUUAAUCCGGAGUCCCCCACUAUGGCGUGCCUCAUAACCAAAUCAUGGUAUUGGCACUUAAAUUGCCAGAGUUUAGUUCAACAGUGUCAUGAGAUGUCAUUGCUAGUGUUGCCAUGCUCGUCUACGUCUCCGGUAUACCAUAAGCAACAAUAAAUGCACAGAAUGCAUCUAUAUGAAAAGGAAUGCCAGAUUUCAAUGUAAAGCCAGUUAUUUUUCUUGUUGCUGUGCUGAUAUUAAAAGAAAAGUUCCAUAAGAGGAAUUCUUCAACAUAAGAACUAUACAGCAUUAUAUAGCAGUAAAGGAGGAUUGGACUACUAUCACAUUUACAGGAAUCUGUGUUUGGACACAGAUUAACUUUCUUUCAUAUUGGGGGCAGAGUGUGCACCAACCUUAGCUCCCUAGUGCCAUUGUCAUUGCUAAGCUUGCACUGCUCUACCGAUAUUAUGCUGUGGCGUUGUUCAGGAGUAGUAUUGCAUUACCUUGCAUUUUCCAAUGUUUUCUGAAUGAAGGCCUGUUUGAAGUUAUUGUGCCAGGAAAACAUGAAUGAGGAAGCAUGCGCUGUGCUUGUAAUACCAUCAUGCCAGAAUAAAACCUGAAUGGGGAGAAGCAAAGUGGAACAUCUCUUAGUGCUUAAUUGUACUACUUGAAAUUUACAAUAUCAUAAGAAGCCAUCAAACACGUGACACCAAGGACAACAUAGGGGAAAUUACUUAUGGUUAAUAAACGAAAUAAGGAAACGAUAAAUUAAUGGAAAUUAAAGUGGAUGAAAAAACAACUUGCCGCAGGUGGGAACUGAACCCACAACCUUCGCAUUUCGCAAAGGUUGUGGGUUACAAGAUUACAAAUUUACAAUGUGUGAUUGUGGUGUGACACUGCACCAAAAGUGAGAGUCUGUGAAAACAAUUGUACUACUAUCACACAUACUGCUAAAUGUGCAAAGAGAAGCAUGCCUUCUGGUUUGUCCUCUCAAAAGGAAAUAAAUUGUCAUUCAGCUGGAAGUAGUACAAAGCCUCAAAGGGAAGCCAUAAGAGUUUCUCGGAAGGAAAACUUCGCAGUUACAGAAGAACACAAAGAUCUAACAGAAUGUUGGAGCUAAAGGAUGUGAAGCUUGUUUGAGUUAACAAGGUAGGAGCAGUAGUGGAUGAUACAAGCACAGCUUUAUCACCUGUAGCUGUCGCAUAUAACUGAUUUGCCCUAGUCAGUUUGCCUUUUCUGUCUGCUUCACAACGCUGAAGGCAAUGAUGGCUGUUGAAGGAAGAAUGUUGGUGAGAGGUGUAUACAUAGAGAAGUAUGACACAUAUCUAAAUACAUUUAAGGCUUCAUGCUGCAAUGGCACAUCUAUUCAGGCAUUAGCCAUAGAUGGGCACACACCCUGAGACCGAAGUUUUCUGCUAUUCCGGACAGUAGCCAACAGCAAGUUGUCUGUUUGGGCUCGUAGCCAGUGACUCAAGUUUAUAUAUAUAUCCACAGAUAUAUCCACAGAGGAAACGACAAUGAAUGCCUAACUCCAGAGAAGAGGCAAAGAAAGAUUCGCUUUAAAAGAAUAGUCCUCGGACCGGAAUGUAUUUUUCUUCAAUUGCAAAGCUUUUUUUCUGAGAAGCUUAAAUGGGUUUCCUUUGUAGCUUUGUACCACAGUGCAGUUUGAUGGCAAUUUUUACUUUUUAUAAAACUUUCCCACCUUUCAGAUUUGCAUAUAACUGAUUUGCCAUAGCCAGUUUACCUUCUCAUGUUGGUAUUGUGUUCUGGCAUGGUAGUACGUGCUCGGUAGCUAAGUUUACCUGACAUUUUUCAGUGCGUGAUGUCUAUGUAAUCCUUACAGAACCUUUUGUUCUGUAUGUGGUCAAGCUGAGAAUACAAGCCCUGGGAUUCAAGUUUACUUAGCUUCAACAGUUGCAACAUGAACUUUGUGAAAUAAAUCAUUCAACACUACAGGGCAAAGUGCAAUUAAUAAAUUUAUGCAUUUGGUUACCAUAUGGAAAAAAAAAGAAACAAUUAUUGUGAAAAGGAAAAAAAAAGCUCUCUUUCUUUUUGUAUUAUGAUGUAGAAUGAGCAGCUUUCAUACUUAGUUAUAUUUACUUAUUUAUUUAUUUAUUAAGGUGUGUACAUAUUUUCUGUGCUACAUGUUUAUGUAUUGUGUGUCUAUAUAGUAAUUAAAUUUUUUACAUGCAUGAUGUGAUUGGUUUGGACCUUAGAGUUUCAUGCAAAAAUUACUAGAGAGAACGUUGGCAGUUGUGUCUAUGGUAGCUGCAAGCGGGGUGGUUCAGCCAGCAUGAGAAUAAUGGGUAGUUCAUGGAUUUGCUUAAACUUUGUCCUUCAGACUUCAAACGGCUUUGUAACUUUCUGUAAACUCGUCAUUUUCAUCAAAGUACUGCGUACUAAAUAAUUGAUUAAACAUUAUUAAAAUUGUCCUACAGCAGGAUUCAAACGCAGGACCUCUAGCACAGAAGCCCGAUAUUGAAACCAUUAUGCCACGAAUGCAUGCAUUGAAAAGUGGCAUAUGAAUUUCUCACAGGCAAGCCAGUGCCUUGAGACACUUGGAUGGAUGGAUGAAAUAACUUUAAUGAAAGGUCCUGCAAGCUACAGAGCGCAAGGCCCCAUAGAGCGGGCUACUCCCACGUUGAGACCGGGCCGCAUCGUGGGCCUGGCCUGGCCGCAUCGUGGGCACGCUGGACAGCCCAGAGCUGCUCCGCCAGGUCCAUGCUGCGUAAUGCUUCUUUUAGCCUGGUGGAGUCUUGAUUCUUGUUUGCGUGGGUCCGACCACACGGCCAGAGCAAGUGAUAUAUGUCUAGUGCGCUAAGGCAAUUUUCACAAUAUCAUGUUGUGUAUAGCUCAGGCAUGUAGUGGUGUAGUCUGUUUUGCAUGAGGUACGUGUUGGUUUGAAGCAUUCUGAAGGUGAGGGCUUGAGGCCUGGUGAGCUUAUUGUGAGUUGUGCUGUAUAUUCUGCGGUCUAGAUAAAAGUGCUUUGUGAUCUCGUUGUACGUGGAGGGAGGGUCCCGAUUCUCACUGAGAUGGUCACGACCAGAAUAGGUGGUGUCACGGAAGGUUAGGUCUCGCGCGCUCCAGUGAGCCAUCUGAUUGAGAUUGGGAGGGGCGUCCUCGAUCUCUCCGAGGUGUGCCGGGAACCAGCAGAUGGUGUGAUGCUGCAGUGGUGCAGAUGUUUUGACUAUUUGUAGUGCUUGUCACCUUGACAAACCAAACCGUUGCAAUUAGUACCUAAUUGUGUGUGUUCACAGAGUCUUCUGUGCUUAGAAAAGUAUAGAUUGCUUCGAAAUUUACGACGAUGAAGGCAGAUAUUGUGCAAUUAACAAAGUCAAGAACGUCUGAAUUCACAAGCACGAAGAUCAGACAAAUCCAUGUACUACCCACCAUUCCCAUGGUCGUGGAACGAUUGCAGUGCCAGAGUUCCCUCUAGUAAUUAUUGUAGGAAACUCUAUGGUUUGGGCAGCCCUAUAGGCCUCUUUGCAACUCAUUUUAUAUGUGCCAGCACUGGUGAGAUGCACUCUUAUGUUCAAUGAACUUGAGGUGUUUACAUCUUGCUGAUGGUGACCAUGACAAUAAGGCUACAGGGUUUUUGAAAGGUAAUUGUGAUUAAGCUCAUGAAAUUGUGGUAGGUUGUGUCAUCAUCAUCACUUUAACUGCAGUGGUGUGCAUAAUAAUGAUACCCUAAUGCAGUGAUUAGGCGACCAAUUAACUUUAGUGUGCAGAUUCACAUUUUAUCAGGCACACUUAGCUCACUCAUAACUUCAAUAUUGUGGCUUUUGAAGCUUCAUUUGGAUAAGAGUACGCAAUUGGGCUGGUUGGUUCAUGAUUACGAGCAGUAAACAGCGCUAAACAACAGGACAAGGAGAGGGACAUGGACAACAGCGCUGACUAACAACCAAGUGUCAGCGCUGUUGUCUGUGUCCCUCUUCUUGUCCUGUUGUUUAGCGCUGCUUCCUGCUCGUAUUCAUUUGGAUGUUUGGCAUAUUUGACAUCCUACCAAUGGGCAUGUUUCAUGGAGGUGGGUGGCUAACAUUUCAUGCCAUCAAAAGCAUUCGCAUGCCCUCUUUAUUAGAAUUAUCACAUGCUUCAGCUGGAACACCCCGUACUUUGUAGUACUUAGUAAGCAGCAUUUCACUUUCAACUGAUUCCCAAGUCCAAUAAUAUGGAAAAUUGGAGGAGUUGGUUCGUAGUCUGUGGUCCGUGGUUCGCGUCCGAGUCAGCGCUGUAUUGUGUUCCCUUCCAUCCCUUUUGUCCACAUCUGUUGCGCUGUAGCUACUGUACCAUGAUUCCUAAAUUGUGAACAAUUACUUUCAUGCACUGGCAUGCUUACAGUGCAGUCUAUUUCCUUGUCUCUCUUAUUGCAUCAGACCGUUUCUCAUGUUGAACUUCACCAAAGAACAAAAAUAUAUUACCUAUUUUGUUUGAUGCUGUGCUUCAUGUGUAAUAACACUUGUAACAAAAUUUUUAAUUCUCUUCCAUUGCCCUUUCAAUAAUUUCUAUUUCAAUGCAUAUAAAUGUUAACUUUAGCUUUCUUGGAAGUGUUUGUUUUAAGUUAUCAAAACAGUUGCACAGCCACUAAGAUGAAUUGCCUGGACAUAUUACUGUAUGCUAAACUCGCGGACAACUUUCUGUGGCAGCAAAGAGAAAAGCUGCAGAGGUGAAACAGGCAUGAGCAAUCGCAAGUCUGAAAAAAAACUCCACAUUCUCAUUCGUGCUAGUUUAAGUUGGGGACUAGAAAACAUAACACAGCUUAUAUACAACAGCAAAAUAAGAAGGUGUUAAAUUUAACAUAUUUUUCUGCUUUUCUCUAACAAAUGCAUUGAGCAAAUGCCAAACUGUUGCAUGUGAGAGCUAUAGUGGUUCAGUGUCUCUUCCAAGAAACCAAAAGCACUGUCAAACGGUGCCAGAAUUGUUGGUGCAGUAGGACAUGCGUGCAAGACCUGCUCCUGUAGCUUUCCCUUCACUGCCACAGAAAGUUGUCCGUGAGUAUAAUUGCAGUAUAGUGGUGCGUUCAAUGGGAACUUAGUACUAUUUCUUCCUGUUAUUUAUUUUUGUUGUGAAGGAUGUUGUAUGUAUAUUUUACUAUGUUUUUACUGUAAGCUAUUUAUAUUUUGCAAAUAAAAUGCAUCUCUAAACCUU